AUGAGAGAAAGACAGAAAAUAAGCUCCUCGGGCCAAGCGCAGAGGGCCUUCAGCAGUCGGACAGCUCCUGCUACAGCUUCCCACUCGGAAGGACGAUCAGAACAGAGAGCAUUGGUCUCGAGGGGUUUCUCAAGCUUUCCCGCGUGCCUUGACGACCUCGUGCUCCAAUCACCGUUAGCGAGCUCGCAAGUGCCCUCCAGGCCUGCACUCGCCUCUCAUUCGACGAGCAGUCAGGUCACACAGCUUCUGCACUCAGAAAGAGCUCAAUGA